UCAGGUGUCAAUGUCAUAAAAUACUGCUGAAAAAAUGGCUGAGCAUUGUUUUGAUGUGCAAUUAAUUAGUUUUUAAUUCAUAAAUUCAAGUAAUUUCGUGAAAAUGAAUAGAAUUUUUAUCUUUAGGCCCUGAGAAGUUGUAUAACUUUAUUUAUAUUUAGUGGAUUGUCCUUCACAAAAUCUUGUUUGGUAAUAAAUCGUGCAAUAAAAUGGGUUCGCACCCAAAAAGAAGUUCAGCCGAAUGGUUUAUCGACCAGUUAAAUGUGGAUAACGCAAAGUUGGUGGCGUUUGUUCUAGUCCUUGGGUUUAUAGGAUACCACGGAAUAUUGCAUUUAAGAUAUGGUCCUGAUUCAUGUACUUGGCUGUUGUCAUCAGGAAGGUACAAAGGUGAUCAUGAAUGGCAACCAUAUGGGUGUAUGUUACACAAGUACUCCAAAACAGAUGCAAGAAGAUGUUUGAGGUAUUUGGCAUUUUGGGGUAAAUAUAACAGUUUUGCCUUUAUUGGAGACUCAAGGCUUGAACAAUUGUAUGAAUAUUUUAUAGGAGUAAUUAAAACUAGGCUGGACAUGGAUUCCUCCUACUCCACAGUGGAUCACCACAUGCCCAACUAUACUUAUGUGGAUAAUAAACUGAAACUAUCUAUCACGUUUAUAUGGAGCGACGAUGUUUCAAAGACCAUGGUAGAACAGUUUAGAACUUGGCAAUAUUCAGACCGCCCACCAUCAGUAAUAGUAGCAAGCGCGGGCCUACAACUGGUAAAGAACCGCAACAUCACAGAGCAAGCGUUAGAGCAGUACAAGAGAAAUCUGACGCAGUUGGUACAGCCUGUGGACUCGCUGGCUGCCCGCGGCACUCGCGUGCUGUGGAAGACGAUGGAGGCUGUGGACGUCGCUGCACUAAAGAGCGACAUCAAAAUCAGCAACGCCGACAUCGACGCCUACAAUAGAGCUGCGUUAGAGAUACUGCAACAUAGUGCUACGAAAAUAUGGGAUUCCCCGCGUCUAGCCUCCGCCGCGGCGUCUUCAGGCGACGGGCUCAGUAUCAGCCCUACCGCCCUGAGGCACUCGGCGCAGAUCUUACUGAACAUGUUCUGCAACGACCACAUGAACUUCAACGACGGAACGUGUUGUGCGCAGCCUGAGCCCUGCACGCAACUGCAGCUGCUGACCUUUGCGCUGUUCCUGCUAUGCGCAGUGCUAGCCACCAUCCGCGGCGUGUGGCGGUGGUCACAGAACAUCAAGCAGCGGCUAGACGGGUACUCCCUCGUUAACCAGAAAGUGGUGGUCGAGACCCCAUCAGCCAUGGCCGCCAUUGCCAAGCUCGGCAUGAUCAUGGCGUACUUCUAUCUCUGCGACAGAACCAACUUCUUCAUGAAGGAGAACAAAUAUUAUUCAGAAUGGAGCUUCUGGCUGCCUGUUGGAUAUGUCUUUGCUCUGGGACUGUUCUUUACGGAUGAAUCAAGAUCCAGUAGCCAUUCAAGAGUACUCCACCGCGAACAAACCAACGAAUGGAAAGGAUGGAUGCAAUUAGUUAUCCUCGUUUACCAAGUCACUGGGGCCAGCAAAGUUCUGCCCAUAUACAUGCUAGUGAGGGCGCUCGUCUCCUCCUAUCUCUUCCUCACUGGAUACGGCCACUUCUAUUACACCUGGAAGACCGGAGACACUAGCCUGGUCAGAUACUUCAGGGUCAUCUUUCGACUGAACUUUCUAACCGUCGUACUUUGCCUGACUAUGAAUCGGCCGUAUCAGUUCUAUAGCUUCAUACCGUUGGUGUCUUUUUGGUAUACUCUGUUCUUCGUAAUCUGGGCUCUACCACCUCACAUAACUCAGUCAUCGAGUCACACAGUGGAAACCAAGCCAUACCAGUACCUGUACAUAGCCAUCAAGGUCUUCGGCCUUCUGACCAUCGUCACAGUGCUGUACAUGAGCGAGGUGUUCUUCCAGAAGAUAUUCGUGACCAGGCCCUGGAAAGCUCUAUUUGUUAAUGCGGAUGAUGAUAUUCACCAGUGGUGGUUGGAUUGGAAGCAGGAUCGGUACUCAAUGGCCUACGGUAUAAUCUUCGCCACAGCCUACCUUCUAGCCCAACGCUACAAUUUGCUGGACGAUAACAACCAUAGCAACCUUUUCACCCCCGGAAUAUCCCUCAGCGCGACGCUCCUUGCCUUCAUAGGCCUGGGCAGUUACGUAACCUUCACAUUUUUCUGCACAAACACUUUCGAUUGCAACGAAAUUCACAGCUACGUUACAUUUUUACCCAUAGUCAGUUAUAUUUUACUCAGGAAUGUUUCGGGAGCUCUCCGAACGCGUCAUUCAAGUCUUUUCGCGUGGUUCGGCACAAUAACUUUAGAAUUAUUCGCGAGCCAAUCCCAUAUAUGGUUAGCGGCAGAUACACAUGGUGUUCUGGUCUUGAUCCCUGGCGCACCAAUUUUGAACUUAAUCCUAACAUCCUAUAUAUUCAUAUUUACCGCGCACGAAAUACACAAGUUGACGGCGAUAAUUUUACCAUACGCGGUACCAGAUGAUUGGAAAUUAGUUUUGAGGAAUUUUGCCAUUUUUCUGGCGAUUUUGGUGCCGAUUGGGAUACAUGAUGGUAUGUUUUAGAAGACAUUUCAGUCGUCAUCGUUUCAACUAAUAGACGUCCAUUGCUGGACAUAAGUAAAAUUCGUAAAAAUAACGAAUUUUACGAUUCUGUGAAGCUAUUGUGACGCUUCUUAUCCAUCAGUUUUCUCGGAAAUGUGUGAUAUACUCUGUUCACGUCGUGGGUGGUCUUACAAUACUGCAUUUUCCAAUGUGGGGUCGCCAUUUGAACACCUUGGGACUUUCGGUGCAAUGUUAGGUCGCUAUUCCAAUACUUUGGGAUCUUCUGCGAUUUGAGUUUUGACUUGGAAAGAAGUAUUGGGUAUCAGAUGAUUGAAAAUUAGUUUUGAGGAAUUUUGCCAUUUUUCUGGCGAUUUUGGUGCCGAUUAAUUGAUUGAUUGAUUAAAUGAUGGCAUGUCAAGAGUGAAUAGGCAUCUUCUAGGCAAGCGCGCUCCAUCUUAGGCUCCAUCGUAAUUUGCCACCAAGUCUGCAGCCAAGCGCUAGUCUAUAAUUAAAAAAAAUGUAUUAGAAGACUUAGAUGAGUUGUCAUCGUCCCAACCGAUAGACGUCUAUAGUAAAUAGGUCUCUUAAAGGAAUUUCCACACUGCAUGGUUUUCUGACGAUUUUGUGAGCAGUUUUCCGAGAAAUGUUUGAUAUCUCCUUUGUCAACAUUUUGGGUGGUCUAACAGCACUGCAUUUUCCAAUGUAAGGUCGCCAUUUCAGCACCUUGGGACUUUCAAUGAUUUGAGGUACUUGUAAAGAAAGUUUUUUUUAAUAAAAAAAAAAUAGCGAGCAAAUGAGCGGGCGGGUUUAGAAGCCAUUUUGAAAAUUGGCAGUAGUUUUUGCAUAAUAUCGUCAUUAUUUUGGUGAUUUAGUCCCAAUCAGGAUAAAUGGUGAUUUUUUAAGAAUGGCUAUAAGAUUUUUUCUAAUUAUUAUGGCUAUACCUAAUAGCUUUUUUUUGUUGCCCUUUUGUACAAAAUAGUCUUUAUACUGAGUAAACUCAGCUAGUAGCCAUUGAAUUUCCUUGGUAAGGUAGGUAGGUUUGACCUUUUAGAAAUCGGGCAAUCUUGAGCAAUUGGUAGAUCCAAAUGGCAAAAUGAGCCACAAUAAAAACAAUGUACAUAAUAAAUGUUGUGAUAUUUAGAAAUAAGCUUUGUAGUUUUUUGCUUUAAAAUAAUCUUUUGCGUGAAAGCUGUCGAUGCAGGAAAACUCUUUAGUAGGUAAAAUUAGACGUUACGUGAAAAGGAUUCAGGGCAUUGCUUCUAAGCACACCCACUAGGCCAAGUCACUUUAAAGUUCCGAAUGUCUAAAAAUCGGUCAAGUGACAUUCGAUCUCGCACACGAAGGGUUCCAUACAGUCGUACAAGAAAUACCACUUUUUUUUUAAUGGCGGCCAUUUUUUUUUUUAUUAGUUGUUAACUAUAGCUGCAAAAGAAAUUGUACAUACUGUGAAAAUUUCAAUCUCUACCUAUUACGGUACACGAGAUACAGCCUACUAAUAGACGAACGAACGGACGGCGGAGGCUUAAUAGGGUCUCGUUGGCAUCCUUCGGGUACGAAAUCCUAAAACCUUAAUAUUUGUGGGUUGGAUCCUUUCCUUUAACAACAUCCAGUUAGGUAAUAUACAUAAAAUAUAUUAAGGACUUUUAACGUAAGAGGCAUUUUUGUUUAUACAUACGAUGCGACCUCAUAAAAUACGUAUGCUGGUUUUUUUUUUUUGUAGUUUUAGGCUAACGACGUGUCUGAUGGAAUUCCGUGAGCAGAAACACGCGUGUGGAAUUUUUCUUCGCCGUCUUGUCCGUGACAAAUCCGCUCUUCUAAUAUUUAAAUAAAUUAAGAAAUAAAUUAAGGAAGGAAUAUAAUUACUAGCGGCAUUCCGUGCGCGGAGUUACCCUAGAUGUGUCUUUAGCCUUAGACAAUAUUGAGUGUGAUUUAUUUUUAGCUAACUACGUAGGUAGGCACAUACUUAUCUUUUUUUUAAAUUAAAUUUGAAGUACAUAAUUACGGUCAGUAAUUCAGGCUCUGACAGACGGACAAGUGCAAUUUGCUCAGAGACCUCGCUUCACUCUAUUAAUGCAUAAUAUUAUAAAACAAAACCUGUGAUCAAAAGUACACACGCGUGAGAUAAUAUUUGUAAUUUAUUGUAUUCUAGUAAUUUAUUUCCUAUGUACAAAUGCAAUAAAUAAUUUUGAAUA